AUGGCCAGAUGGAGGAGGAGGAAAAGCCCCGGAGAUCCACAUGAGGAGGGGCUGCAAACCCAGCCCAGGGAGCUGCAAGGAGGAAAGAUCGCUCCUGUGCCAGGAAGGUGGCCAGAGAGAUCCUGCCGGAGCUCAGAGCUGGGGGAGAGAGCUCAUGGCAGGGAGAAGCCCCACAAAUGCUUGGAAUGUGGGAAGGGCUUCAGCUGGAGCUUCAAGCUGAGGGAACACCAGAGGAUCCAUCCUGGGGAAUGGCUCUGGGAGUGUGGGGAGUGUGGGAAGGGCUUCAAGAAUAGUUCCCAUCUGAUCUGGCACCAGGUGAUUCACACUGGGGAGAGCCCCUAGGAGUGUGGGGAGUGUGGGAAGAGGUUCAGGAAGAUCUCUGGCCUGAUUAACCACCAUAGGAUCCACACAGAGAAAAAGCCUGGAAAGUGCUUGGAAUGUGGGAAGAGCUUCAGUCGCAGCUCCCACCUGAUCUGGCACCAGAACAUCCAUACAGGAGAAUGCCCCAGCGAGUGUGGGGAAUGUGGGAAGAGCUUCAUUGAGAUGUCCAAUCUGAUUUGUCACCAGAAGAUCCACACAGAGGAAAAGCCCUACACGUGUGGGGAGUAUGGAGAGGGCUUCAGCUGGAGCUCCAACCUCGGGGCACACCAGCACCGGCACAUCCACACUGGGGAGAGGCCCUACGAGUGUCCCCAGUGUGGGAAGAGCUUCUCACAGAGCUCAGCCUUGACCAAACAGAUCUUCCUGACUCCCCAGCUGGUGAAGAAGCUUCAUGGCGGGGAGAAGCCCCACAAGUGCAUGGAAUGUGGGAAGGGUUUCAGAAAGAGCUCUGAGCUGAUCCGGCACCAGGUGAUUCACACUGGGGAAAAGCCCUACGAGUGUGGGAAAUGUGAGAAAAGCUUCAGCCAGAAGGGUCACCUGAUGCAACACCAGGUCAUCCACACCGGGAAAAGGCCCUAUGAGUGUGGAGAAUGUGGGAUGAGCUUCAGCCAGAAGGGCCACCUGAUGCAGCAUCAGAGGAUCCACACUGGGGAAAAGCCCUACGAUUGUGGGGAAUGUGGGAAGUGCUUCAGCCAGAGCUCUGGCCUAAAGAAACACCAGAUGAUCCACACUGGCGAACGGCCGUAUGAGUGUGAGGAAUGUGGAAAGAGCUUCAUCCUGAGUUCCCAGCUAAGGGAACACCAGAGGAUCCACACUGGGGAAAAGCCCUACAAGUGUGGAGAAUGUGAGAAGAGCUUCAGAGAAAGCUGGGCCCUGAUCCGGCACCAGGUGAUCCAUACAGGGGAACGGCCCUACACCUGCUUGGAAUGUGGGAAGAGCUAUGGGUGGAGGUCUGAACUGAGAAAACACCAGCGCAACCACACUGGGGAGAGGCCCUAUGAGUGUCCUGAGUGUGGGAACAGGUUUCAGACCAGCUCCGAUCGCCUCAAACAUGAGCGGAUUCACACAGAGGAGAGGCCCUUCCGGUGCCCCGACUGCGGGAAGGGCUUCAAGCACAACUCCAACCUCACCGUCCACCGGCGCAUCCACAGCAGGGAGAGGCCCUACGAGUGUCCCCAGUGUGGCAAGAGCUUCUCCACAAGCUCAAUCUUGAUCAAACACCAACAGAGGCACCAGUAAGGGAAGCCCUGUGAGUGCCCCGAGUGCAGGAAGAGCUUUGUGCGCUGCUCCAGCUCCAUCCCCCAUGGGAGGAUCGGCGUUGGAUGAUCCCCAGUGACCCGCGUUGGGCAGAGCCCUGGUGAUCCAUG